AUGUCUACUCGUGCAAUAGAAUCGCGCAUUGCGCCUCCCAAUUUGACGAUUGCAGACAUCGCCAUACCUAAGAAUGAGCACACAUUUGGUACUUUCGACCAAAACUCCUCGAGUUACGAAGAUGCGCUGGCCUGCCUUCGAAUGUAUCGCAAGCAGGUAACGCAACUGAACUACGAUGAACGGCGUGAGAUCGUACAUAUUAUCACAGGGGGUCACUUUUUCAGAACGAGAACCGCGAUGAAAUCGCCAAUGUGCCAUAAGUUCUACCGUUACGCCCGCGCCAGCGAAUUUGCCGCAGAGCAUCUAUCUUGGCCUGAAUAUAUCAUCAUGCGCGCUCUUUAUGAAGAUGACUUACCAUCUCCAUAUGUUAGCCAAAUCAAGCAAACAUUCGGAACAGCGGCCAUUGAAGAUUUCUCUUACCAGUUCUUCGAAUACUUUCCAGAAAUGAAUGACAGUAUUGCUAAGCCUAUGAUCCCAACACUGGAGGCCAAUAUCCACCCAAGACGUAUUUCACUGAAUAGCCGCGAGGCGAGUGCUGACGACAACCUCUGGCCCGCUCCAAAACGCAAAAAGAUAUAUUCGAAGCAUGAGAUUCCAGAUACACCGAGUACUGUUCAAAAGACACUAAUGGCUAUCCCCGUGAGUCGAGCGGCGAAGAAUUCAGGAAAGAAGGACUCGAUUCGUCGAGAAAAAGCAACCAAGCAGCGAGCGUCUACCCCUACUGCGUCUAACGCUGCUGCACCUGAAGUAACACCAUAUAUCGAUCUGGCUGCACGCGAUAUACUAGAUCGACUGCCCUCCAAAACAUCUGGGGAAGGCUCCAAAAGGAUCGAUAAGGCUUCCUGGGAUCGUUUGCAGUACCUCUUGAGCAUCGUAAGAGAGACGACAAUACGAAACAAUAUCCGCCUCAAAGCCCUUGAAGAGAGCCAGAGGGACCUUGAAUCUAAGCUCGGCGCGAUGACCAGCGCCUUUGACACAAUGAAUACCACCAUCAAGACAAUCGUUACAGAGGCCAGGGCUGACCGAGAGGGGUACAAUCACGUUUUAAGCAGUAUCAAGGAUAUUAUGAUGGGAAUGGCGGAUUCGAUCAAAGACAUCAAGGAACAGCUGUAG